GACGCCUUUAUCAGUAUGGAGCGCCACCUAUUGUUAAUGGUACUUAUAACGUCCGCCAAAGCCUUUCGAGAUGAUUUCAACACAUGGAAUGCCAGUUCCUACAGCAUCGAAGUGUCUGCUUGGGGCGGAGGGAAUAACGAGUUUCAAGCGUACACAAACGACCCCAGUAACAUCUACGUCAAGGGAGGUAACCUCUACCUCCGUCCUACGUUUACGGUAGACAAUCCCCAUUUUGACGAAGCCAAACUGUACAAUGGCGAGAUGGAUUUGCGCAGUCUGUGGCAAACCUGUACGUUCUCCGGCUUCGACGGAUGCCACAAGACGGCCAAUGGUCACGGCGAAAUACUACCGCCAGUCCUGUCCGGCAAGAUCACAACCAACUUCGCCUUUACCUAUGGCCGCGUGAACGUUCGCGCCAAAAUACCGAAAGGCGAUUGGAUAUGGCCAGCGAUAUGGCUGAUACCCAGCGACUCUCAUUACGGUGGAUGGCCGAGGUCGGGAGAUAUUGACAUCAUAGAAUCUAGAGGAAAUACCAAGGCUGUCAUAAAUGGCGUCAACCAAGGUGUUAACCAGCUGGUGUCCAAGCUAAACUGGGGCCCGGACUACAGACACAAUGCGGCGGACAAAACCACUGAAUAUGCGAGGAAGUCGGUCGGGGACUGGCAUGGCUGGCACACCUACUCCAUGGAAUGGACACCUGACCACAUCAUUACAUUGGUGGACAAUGUUGAGAUACUACGCGUGAAUACGCCUACCACAGGUUUCUGGAACUUUGGAGGUUUCCAGGGUCAAGACAUCUGGACGGCAGGAGGCAGGAAUGCCCCGUUUGAUCAGCCCUACCGACUUAUCCUCAGUGUGGCCGUGGGAGGCGAUUUCUUUGAGGACGGGGACUACGACACUCCUAGGCCAUGGGGCCACUCAAGUCACCCAAAGAGAGACUUUUGGGAACACCGGGCCGAUUGGGGCGACACCUGGCGGGGAGAGGACGCGGCGAUGAUCGUUGAUUACAUAGAAAUGAUACCCACCAGUAGAACAGCAGCCAAUAGUAAACGAGAGUGAUUACUAUUCUAUCUUCUGUUUUGAAUGUGAAUAAAUCAGACAGGUCGAAUGGAAAACUGUUUGCAGUUUUAAAUAAAAA